UCGAGCCAUGACCGUCAACGCAGCAGACAUUUUGGUCAAAAUAGGGGAGAGGACUUGCAGUUAAUCUUUUCAUAAGUGCAGUAACACAAGUUUCGCAAUAAACUGCAGCCUAAUCACGUUUUACCUUCACCAUGUGGUAUGAAAUAUUGCCUGGGUUUGCUGUAAUGACGGUUUGUUUGAUCAUUCCUGGACUGGCGACUACUCACAUACAUAAAUUCACUAACGGAGGGAAGGAGAAAAGAAUUGCAAGAGUUCCUUACCAGUGGUACUUGAUGGAGAGAGACAAGCGGGUGUCAGGGACAGGACUAUAUUACCAGUCAAAGGGACUUGAAAACAUAAAAUGAAGAUCAAGCAAUACUCUUGCCUCUGUCCAAAACUUUUGAAAUGUGCAUUUUGACCAUCUGUCUAUUAAAAUAAUGUAUAUAUGA